AGUCCGGGGCAGUCCGCUGGGAGUAGCAUGUAAUUCAGCACAGAUUGUGCUUCUGGUACUUUUCAGACCUUAAUGUUUGUCCUCUUCUUUGGUUUAGUCGGCAACUGUUUUUCUUUUAACCUUCCGUCGACAUCAUGUUCCUGCGCGGGUCUAAAAAGCGACGGUCGAACCGCUCGCAGGAGGAAGAGGACCCAGACAGAGGCCAGCCCUGCAUGCGCUGUGGAGACCAGUGCCCCGGCUUCCGUGUCCAUGGCUGGAGGAAGAUCUGCAUACACUGCAAGUGUGUACGGGAGGAGCAUGCAGUGCGUUCUGUGCCGGGGCAGCUGGAAAAGAUGAUGACAAAGCUGGUGUCAGACUUCCAGAGACACUCUAUCUCUGACGAUGACUCGGGAUGCGCCUCCGAGGAGUACGCAUGGGUCCCACCUGGGCUCAAGCCUGAACAGGUAUACCAGUAUUUUAGCUGCUUACCAGAAGACAGGGUGCCUUACGUGAACAGUCCAGGGGAGAGAUACAGAAUCAAACAGCUGCUGCACCAACUCCCAGCCCACGACAGUGAGCCCCAGUACUGUAACUCUCUGGACGAGGAGGAGAAAAAGGAGUUGCGUCUGUUCAGUCAGCAGAGGAAAAGAGAAAAUUUGGGCAGAGGUGUCGUCAGACUCUUCCCAGUAACCAUAACUGGAGCCAUCUGCCAGCAGUGUGCCAGACAGAUCAGUGGUGGGGAUAUAGCUGUGUUUGCCAGUCGGGCAGGACACAGCAGCUGCUGGCACCCUCAGUGUUUCCAGUGUGCAUCCUGCAAUGAGCUGCUGGUCGAUCUGAUUUACUUUUACCAGGAUGGACAAAUAUACUGUGGCCGGCACCACGCUGAGAGGCUCAAGCCCCGCUGCCAGGCCUGCGAUGAGAUUAUUCUAGCAGAUGAAUGUACAGAGGCAGAAGGAAGAUACUGGCACAUGAAGCACUUCUGCUGUUUUGAGUGUGAGGCUGCACUGGGUGGCCAGCGUUACAUCAUGAGAGAAAGUCGACCGUACUGCUGCUCCUGCUAUGAAUCCCUGUAUGCCGAGUACUGUGAUACCUGCGGAGAACACAUAGGCAUCGACCAGGGCCAGAUGACAUAUGAGGGUCAGCACUGGCACGCCGUGGAGUCGUGUUUCUGCUGCGCUCGCUGUCAGCUGCCGCUGCUAGGACGCCCCUUCCUCCCACGCGGGGGUCUCAUCUUCUGCUCCAGAUCCUGCUCACUCGGUGAAGACCCCAAUAACUCGGAUUCCUGUGACUCAGCACUGCAGAGCAAAUCGCUUCAUGAUAAUCGACAACUGGACACAGCAGAGAGACAUCAUCUACAGUGUGGUUCUCCACUGCAGUCACUAGAGGGCAUCAACCCCACUGUAACUUCUGCAAAAGACUGCAUCCACUCUGCAGUGGACAACAGAGGUGUCCACUGCACUGCUCCAGUUCAGAAUGGCGUUCCUUUACCCAGUGGUCUUCCUCAUCCGAGAGGCUCCUACUCACCUCUGCCCCACAUUCAUCUAGGAAAUGGCUUAGGUCCGUCUUGGCCCAGUGAUGUUCCACAUUACAGUUUACUGCCAAGGGACUGUGGUGUCAAACCUCCAGGCAGUGGUUUUCAGUUCCAAGGAGUGCUAAAUGGAAAUACUGGAAUAACUGGUUGGAACUCAAGAGGAACCUCAACUGAUAAAGACUGUAGGAACUGGGUUGAAAAGACAAAUCAAGCUAUGCAAGUGUUUCCACCUCAGAAAAACUCCCAUAUCAACCAGUUCAUUUCAUCUGACUCACCUCCCCUCUCAUCAAGCAACUCCCCCAUCCUGCCUCCCCCUCUGCCCAUUAAGUCUCGUGACUUGAUGCCCCAGGAUUCGCCCCCUCCGGCCCUUCCUCAACCAGAAGACCAACCCUGUGGUUCUCCAUCCCUGCUGACUCGCAGUGGCACAGCUAGAGUUAGUUUCAGAGAACCAAUUAGUAGCAGCUACUCUGUUGAAGAGGAUGAAGAUGAGAAUGAGGAGGAGCUGACACAAGAGGGUGAGGAAAACCAGCAGGAUGAAGAUGAGGAGGACGACGAGGGAGGCUUUGGAAGCAGGUUGCAUCUGCAGAAAGGCAUCCCACCACAGAUGGAUUUGCUGGAUGGCUCUUCUUACCAGCAACGCAAUCUGAGGCGAGGAUGGGGUCGCUGCCGCAUCCCGUCAGACGCUGUUCUUCACCCAGGUUCAGAGAGGCGCUCCCGGAGCACACAACCUGACCGACCCCACCUGGACACCCUGGACUGGAGAGGCGAGAAAGAAAGAGAUGGCCGGGGCUCCUCCAACGCCUCCUCACUGACCCUCCAGCCAGGAAAGUACAAACAUGACGACUGCUGCUCGACCUGCUCAUCAUCCUCAGACUCAGAGGAGGAAGGUUUCUUCCUGGGAGAACGCAUUCCUCUGCCACCACAACUUCGUAAGCAGCAGCCCGAGAAGAGCCAAGACAGAGAGGCAGAAGAGGGGAAGGAGAUGCAGAGAGACUUUGGACUGAGAGGCAGCAUAAGACGGAGAAGAGCUCUCAGUCAGAGUUCAAGAGACAAAGACAAAAACUGCUCUAUAUCCUAACCAACAACUACUGGCAACAAAACACUGCAUAUUACUUUCUUUUCAAUUAUGGUGCAAAAGAACAAGUAAUGACCGUUAUUACUCUGGUGUUUAUCAGGCUUGGUGAUGGUGACGUGGUCUUUGAUCUGACAGGUGUAGACUUUUACAAACUUGAACCACAGCUGUAGUUCCUGACACACAAAGGGAAGUAGAGUAGUCUCAAAGAAGUCAUUACCUCAUGUUUAUGGUAUUGGCUGUUUGACUCUGAGGUAUUACAGAGUAGAAAAUGGUGAAUCAUGCAGUUAGGAGUGAAUGAGGGGUUAUCUGUUAUUAAGACCUGUGUUGCAGUUGAUUCAAACUGGUUGUACUGCUGCGGUGAAAUGUUAAUGCUCUUUCACAUUACACAUGGUUUACAUAUGCAAAUCUGCAGCUGCAUAUUUGAGAUGAGGCCAGUCACAAAGACAAGCUUUCACUAUACAAAAUAUGACGAAUAAGUCCCAUAAUUUAGACAGACUACAGUCCACCACUGUGCAAAGCUGUUGAAUGUGUUGUGAAUUUUAUUGUUUGAUCAAAACUUGUCAAACUAAAAAAAAAAAAAAACUGUGACAGAUCAAACACUAUUUUCAAAA